AUGAUGUCUCGUAAUCCUUCUGCUGGCCUCGAUAACACGCUAUUCCAGUUGAAGUUCACGUCGAAGCAGAUAAACAAGCAGGCUCAGAAGGCCGCUAAAGAGGAAAAACAGGAGGCUAACAAACUGAAAAAGGCUCUCAACGAGAGCGAGGAAAUUGCAAGACUUUAUGCCUCAAACUCUGUCCGCAAGCGUAACGAGCGCCUCCAGCUGCUGAAGCUGGCCUCCAGAGUCGAUUCCGUUGCAUCUAGGGUUCAAACUGCAGUAACUAUGCGUCAGGUUUCUGGGAGUAUGGCACAAGUGUGUCGUGGGAUGGAUAAAGCCUUACAAAGUAUGAACUUGCAGCAAAUUACGAUGAUCAUGGACAAGUUUGAACAGCAAUUUGAAGAUCUAGAUACAAGCGUAAAUGUCUACGAAGAUAUGGGCGCAAAUUCUGAUGCGGUCGUGAUUGAUAAUGACAGGGUUGACGAGCUCAUGAAUAAGGUAGCCGAUGAAAACGGACUUGAGUUGAAACAAUCUGCCGCUUUACAGGACGUCGCAGACGUACCCGCAACAGCAGAGGCCGCUUCGGAAGAAAAAGAAUUGAAGCUAGCUCAAAGACUCAAGGCAUUGCGCGGUUAA